UGUCCUCCGUGACGUGAAAUGUUUCCUCUAAAAAAAAAUGUGUAAAUAAUUUUCAAACAUUUUAUUCAUUAUUCUAUCUGUGAUUUUAUAACUUAUGUGUACAUGAAUUAUCUUUAGCUUAGUUCUAAUUUUAGUUUUAUUCUCAUCAAAUAUAUUAAUUUUUGUACUUGGUUAGAGUGUUAGAUUAAUUUAAGUGCCUUCUGCAGCUUAAAGUUUUAUUCAACUUAAUAAGAAAAACAUAAAUAAGAUAUUACAAAGAAGUAUUCAUCUAGUUUAUUCAUCAAUAAUGAAUGUAUCUGAUGCAAUUAAAAUUCAAAAGGUUGAAAAUGUUUUGAUGCUUGAUAAGUAUGGAGUCAAGCAUACUUUGGGAACAUUUUUCUUAACGGAAACACAUUUUAUUUUUAUGGAAUUGAAUGGAAAGAAAAAAAUUUGGGUCUUAAAUACUCAUGUUGCAAAUGUAGAAAAAUUACCUCUACUGACAAGUGGUUCUCCACUGCAUAUCAAAUGCAAAAAUUUUUUUGUUGUUACAUUUGUUAUUCCAAAAGAACGAGAUUGUCAUGAAGUUUACUUAACAUUAUUAAAAUUAUCAUCCCCAACAAAAACUGAAGAUUUAUAUUGCUUUGAUUACAAAGGUAAUAAUGAAGGAUUAUUGCAAGAAGUUGGUUGGAACUUUCUCAGCAUCCAAGAUGAGUUUCAAAGACAGGGUGUUCCAAACGAAGAGUGGUCAUUAUCAUAUCUUAAUGUUAAUUAUGAACUGUGUGAAACAUACCCUAAAUAUCUGUAUGUUCCCAGUUCGUGUAGCAAUAUUGUAUUAAUGGGUAGUGCCAAGUUUCGUAGUAAAGGAAGACUACCAGUAUUAACUUAUUUACAUAAUAAUAGCAAGGCAUCUAUUUGUCGGUGUAGUCAGCCAUUAUCUGGAUUUAAUGCACGUUGUCUAAAAGAUGAGCAGAUGCUUUACAAUUUGCUCUGCACAAAUCCUAAUUCAAAAUAUCUAUAUAUAGUUGAUACAAGACCUAGAAUCAAUGCUAUGGCAAAUCGUGCUGCAGGGAAAGGAUAUGAAAACGAGAAUUUUUAUGACAACAUCAAAUUUCAAUUUUUUGGAAUUGAAAAUAUUCAUGUCAUGAGAUCAAGUUUAUCUAAAUUAAUAGAAUUACAAAAGAGUACUUCUAUGAGUGCAUUUCUAAGUGCACUUGAAAGUAGCGGAUGGCUAAAACACAUUCGUGUUAUAUUGGAAACAUCAUGGUUUAUAGCGCGAAAUAUAAUUAACGGUAUCAGCGUAGUUGUACAUUGCAGUGAUGGAUGGGAUAGAACAGCUCAAGUUUGCUCUUUAGCUGCUUUAAUGUUAGAUCCAUUUUAUAGAACUAUUCAUGGUUUUCAAGUAUUAAUUGAAAAAGAUUGGCUUGCUUUUGGUCACAAGUUUAACGAUCGCUGCGGUUUCAUUAUUACAGAUACUAAAGAACUUGCACCUAUAUUUACUCAGUUUAUUGAUGCAACUUACCAACUUCUUCAACAGUUCCCAUACAUGUUUCAAUUUAAUGAGCAAUAUCUGAUCACUUUACAUGAUCACAUCCACAGCUGCCAAUAUGGAACUUUUAUAGGGAACUGUGAAAAAGACAGACAGGCUUUGAAACUUUCAGAAAGAACUUAUUCUUUAUGGGGUCAUGUAGCUCAACGCAUAAAUGAAUUUAUAAACCCUUUUUACUCAAGUAGUCAGUGUAAGGGAGAAACUAGUCGCAUUUUGAAACCAAAGCUGUUCCCACAAAAUAUUAUUUUAUGGAGAGGCCUUUAUUUUAGAUUUGAAAACGGUGUUCACCCUCGAGAGUCUUGUGAAGACUUUUUGUUAACACUGAAUAAUCACAUUAGUGCUAUGGAAGACCAUGUUAAAUUUCUUACUAAGAGAGUCAAUUCAAUCGGGCAGUUCAAUUCUUUAAACAACAUAGAUAUAUCACCUAGCAAGUUAAAACUAGAUUACGAAAAUUUGAAAAAGAGUUUUAAAGACAAAUUAAACGAUUUUGCAAAUAAUACGGAAGAUGAAAAAAAUAAAUCUGAUAUAGAGCAAUUGAUCAAUGAAAUAAAAGUUAUUUCAUUAGAAUGGAAAUUAUCUAGAAACAUGAACGAAUGUAAAUGUGGAACAACUUUCGAUGCUUUUAACAAAAAGUAUCACUGUUGGUCUUGUGGAAAUAUAGUAUGUCAUCGAUGCAUGGGAAUAAAUAGCAUACUUGCGGGAUAUUCAGCUCAGCGAACAGUACCCACUUGCAAAUUUUGUUCUCAAAAAUCGACUACAGCAACACCUAUAACACCUUGAGAACUAAAGUAUUUUAUUUAUUACGUAUUUAAUGGUUUCUGUGUCAAUGAAAUGUCUUAGUAAAUUUAUUCAUUCUAUGUGAAAAAAUAUUACUGCACUUAUAUUAAAGUCAAAGUUUAUAUCAUAAUAUUUUAACUUGUAAGAAAUUUUUUUAUGAAUGUAAACAAUUUCUAUGUACCGAUCAAUUAACGUCAUAAAGUUAAAUUAAUUAUUUAUUGUUUUAGUGAGAUCCAAUCUGGAAUUGCAAAUAUUCCAAUUUUAGCAUUUCUAUAUCUACAUUAUUUCUAGCAAUUUUAGAUAUAACAAUUAGGAUGUAUGCUUGAAGUAGAUAAGCAAUCUUAUUGAUUUAUAAAGUCAAAAUAUUAAUUGUACAUAA